AUGGAGGCAUUCAGCCAAAAGGAUUACUACCCAAUACCGUCAGAUAAUGUUAUUACGUAUGAUGGGGAGAACAAUGAUCACAGUAGGAAACGGCGGGUAUUGAAAGCGGAUUUAUUGGCAUUGAUAGUGCACUUAUCGUCACCGAUAGAUACUGUGGAUUAUAUGGUCAUUUCAGACUUUUUUCUCAUAUACAGGAACUUUGUCUCCCCUAUGGAGCUUUCUGACCUGUUGGUUAUGCGAUACCGGUGGUGUGUCAGUGAAAUCGACUCCGAGAGCCUAGAAAGGCGAAAGAUCGGCGAAAUAGCGUUAGUAAGGACUUUCGUAUUACUGAGGCACUGGAUACUGAACUAUUUUGUACAGACCUUCCUACCGGACGGCAAUUUAAGGCUGAGGGUGAUCAAAUUUUUGAAUGAGCCAUGCGAAUCACGGCCAAAGAUAGUGAAGAGCACAAUGAUAAACUUGAAAAAGGCAUGGAUUAUCUGCUCCAAGCGCGUUUGGACUAAUCUUUCGCUGAAUGAGCCCGCCUUCAAGAGUCAAGAUAACCAGUGGGUCACUUAUGAGAUUGUCGAUUAUACAAGGUUAGAUGAAGUAUGCAAGAGAGAUAGUCGGUUGAGCGCUUAUGCGAAAAAUGGAAGCUCGAGUCCCAACUUUCGGAAUCAGAGUGUCUUGUCACUUUUCAAGGAUUCUGUCGUUUUCAAAAUUCCUGAGACGAACAACAGAGCUUCACGUACAGCCUCUAUGGUUCUUUUCCCUUGUGAUAAUUCCAAUAUAAAGACCGGGAAUGGAAAGAAUACAGCGGAAAAGAGCGAAGCGCAACCUAACAAUAAGCGUAUUAUGAGCAAUUUCUCUAAGAUGACUAAUAUUCCUGAUGUGAUAAAGGACGUUCAGGGUUCGGUGUCUCCAAAUAUAGAUAAAUUGAUACCGCCUACGCCGGCUAAAAAAGUUGAACUUAUCUUCCAAGUACCUGAUAAUGUGGAAAGACCAAUAAACAAGGAUCAAAUCGAACACACAGAGCCUACCUCACAGAAACAUUCAGGUCCCAUAGCUCUUCUCCAUAAAUGGAAAAAGAUCCACACAACUUCAAGAGAUAAUUGCAAACAUGCUCAGUUAUCAGAAACCAGCGGAUUAACGAAGCCAGAAGUGGAAAAUUUUGUCAAGUACGUAAUCUCCAUCACUUCUUUGGAAAACAAGACUCCGGAACCGGAUAAUCUUCACAACCUAAUUGCGUCGAAAUUUGAUAUUUUGAGUGCAAGAACUAUUGAAGAAGUCGAGUUCUUGGUUUCACUGGAGAAUGAGCUCGUCAACCAAGUCAAGGAUGCCGCAAUGCAAGGUACGAAAAUACCAAUUAAUGAAACCGUCCAAGAGCUAGAGCGAGUUAAGACAAAUGAUCAAGGAUUCAGUGCAAUGGAUAAUUUAAACUUGUAUCACACUGUAAGCUCAAUAGCCAAAUCAGUAACGUCUUUGACCAAUAGCCUCAAUCAGCGUCCCAAAGUGCAGAGUAAUACGUUGUCACCCUCUCAUGCCGCUCUCGAAAGGCGAAAAGUGCAAAGUUCUGUUGCAGCAAUGCUGAGUUCUGAUUCCCGAUAUAGCUUAAUUAGCAGGACUAACAGUGGAAAAGGUAAUACUUUGAAUCAAUUAGUUGACGGCCCUCAGAGGCUAGUCUUCCAUGAUAUUACAUCUUCAAACCAAGAAAAGGAAAACAACGGCGAUAACCUCUCUUUCAGGAAAAGUGGCACACAGUCUCCAACUCGAUCAUCACCACUGCGAAAUAAUCUACCAUGCUUGGCUGAGGAUCCGCUUUCCUCAACGAGACCCAUCGAUAGAGAAAGAGGUUCUAUUGUUUCGAUAAGCACUUGUUCGGAACUAUCCACAUCAUCUUUAAAAAGGUCAGAUGAAGAAUCAUUGUUGUCCGUCGAAGUAGACAAUCAUGGAUUGAAGCGUAAGAUGGCUCAGAUUAACCUGCGAGAAUUCACUUUUGAGAAUCAGCAAGAAAUUGAUACCAAAGGACGAGACUCUGUGUCAUCAUUCGUCACUACUAGAGAGACAAUCGAAGAAACGCCUCCAAUGACUAAAAAGUUUCCAGUUAAGGGUGUGAGGCCAGCGAGUGGUCGCAUCAGCCUUAUGAGGAAGCAAAGUCCUGUGCCAUUGUCCCCGCAAAAUGCUCUGCUGUCAAAGGCAGAGGCAGCCAUCAAAGAUCUUGAUUUCCAAGAGAAGGAGGCGGAACUUCUGCAAAGUGAGAUAGAAAUGGCUCAAUUACAGAAACAGACAGCACUUCGAUUAUCUAUGGCAGCUAGCGUCAACACUGAUGUGCUUUUCGCCUCACAACACAACAGCCCACAAAAGAUGAUAAUGGAAGAUGACAGUUCUCACAUUAAGCUAUCGACAACUCCUAGCGUGCGCUCAGUCAACCGUGGAACAUCUGUGUCCACGAAGAUGACUACAGAUUCAAUGGAAGAAUUGGCUGAAGCUCCAGCUCACAGUAGUCUAAAAGAUGAACUUCGUAGACUCGAGCCCGAAGUUUCAGUGGAAUCAUCUUUUGGAUUUCCAGAUCUGAAUGUUACAGAUCCUUUUUCGGAGGGAGAGAACUCGACUGGUAUGAAGAACAAGUACCUCUUUUCACCUGAUGGCGAAAGUGUGGAUCUUGCCUCUCCUGCCAAGAAUGUGGAAGAAAUAAAGGACAAGUUUCUCAACAAAGAAGAGGAUGACGAAGAAACUGAACCGCAAGAAGUACCAGAAGUCGCAAACGACCUGACACGGGAUGCAGAAAAGGCUAUCAUUGACCUGAAAAAAAAAGCUCUGGAUCAGGAGAAUGUGGUCAAUAUCGCCAGCUUACCUGAUGACUCGAUUCACGAUGACCCUGUUAAUGUGGCUUUGAUGAAACUCGAAGGCACUUACAAGAGAAAUGGUAACGGAGAGGAGGAAGAGAUCGACGGUAGCAAAUCUUCAUCUGUUCUUGCCCGGGAGGUGGAUGUGUUGGGUAUUAAAAACUUGUCUGUCCCGCAGGUGAGUCCCGCUGACAGGCGCAGGUCUUUACUCAUCGAGAAGAGGCGCCAAACCAUUACGAACUUUCCCUUUACACCUAGUGAUGAGAAAGAGUACGUCGAACCUCAACCUGCUAAUGUGAAAGAACUACUGAAAAAUUACGAGCUCAGGGACCCCAAUCUACUUAUCACAAACAGCGAACUACAUGUGCCAUUCAUUUUGAUGUACGACUCGCUAUCGAUCGCUCAGCAAAUGACUUUGAUAGAACGAGAAAUUCUUGGCGAGGUGGAUUGGAACGAACUGCUCAAUUUAAAUCUUUCACACUCCCCUCCACAAGCCACCAGCUGGCUCCAGCUACUUGUACAAAAUGAAUCACUCUCUGGUAUUAACUUAGCAAUCUCCAGAUUCAACCUGACCGUUGACUGGGUUAUUUCUGAGAUUGUCCUGACCUCAGAUGUAAAACUGAGAAGAAAUACCAUCCAAAGGUUCAUUCAUGUCGCCGAGCAUUGUCGCGUAUUCCAAAACUACAACACCAUGAUGGAAAUAGUUCUCGCACUAGGAUCGACCGCCGUUCAAAGGUCAUCGGAAGCAUGGAGACUGAUAGAGCCCGGUGAUCUGAUAACAUGGGAAGAGUUGAGGAAAAUCCCAUCGCUGGAUAGAAAUUACUCGGCGAUCAGAAGUUUACUAAACAACGUUGAUCCCUUAAAAGGUUGUGUCCCAUUCAUCGUCAUCUACCUUUCUGACAUAUCACUCAAUUCAGAAAAGAAGAAUUGGAUCGUCAUGAACCAAGUGGUUAAUUACAACAAGUUUAACACCAACGUACAAAUUGUCAAGAAUUUCAUCCAGAGGGUCCAGUGGUCCAAAUUUUACGAUUUCACAGUCGACCACGAGCUGCUCAGCAAAUGCGUCUACCUCACAGCAUUGUCACCAGACGAAAUCACCCAACUGACGGGCUAG